GAGUAAAGUACUGGAGGACGGACAGUAUCUGUGUUUUGGUGCAAAGUUAAGAGAACGUGCUCAGAUUAGGAAGUAGACGAGGUAAAUUGAACAAAGAUUAACAAAAGCAAAUAAUUGACUGGAUUGUGAGAGGGUGAAAACAAAACAAAACAAACAAACUAAAACCACCUCUGCUACUUUUGGCGUCCCCUCCCCGCAGACAUGGAGCGGAGGUUGCCGGCUCUAAUAUCAGUUUCUGGACGAAAGCUCAUGUUUUGGAUUUUCUCGGUCCUGUUGCCCGUUACUGCAGCUAUUGAGACGUCUCAUUCCCACUCCACGCUUGGUGUUUCUGCACCUCACCUGUUCUACACGUGCCCUGAAGGUGCAACUGUUCAGCUCAUGUGCACCCAGAGAGGUGCCGCCUUGCACCCGGAUGACGUUCUGAAGCACGGCUGGCUUUUCACGCCCCACAGUGACAGGCGCUGCACACCGGGGACAGGCCCACGGAACAUGAACAUCGGUACUUUCCACAUCAACCGCACCUUACCGGCAGGGCUGACACUUGGAUAUACGAAUGAGAAGAUGUGGGUGAUCCUGCAGAACGUGACCCAUGCUGACCAGGGUCGCUACUGCUGCAUGAUCCUGGACUUCAAGAGGGACCACAACCACGCGUCCCUGGAGCAGAGGUCCCACAGCCACCUGGUUCUUCAUGUUACACCACGAAGAACUGGACAGGAAAAUUGCACCGUCUGGGAUCCCACACCGCCUGCAGGCUCCGUGCCCGUGGCCUUGGCUUUAGCAGCCUGCAUCUUGGCUCUGCUCUCUCUGCCUCUUAUUCUGGUGCUCGUCUACAAACAGAGGCAGAAUGCCCAGUCCAACAGGCGUGCACAGGAGCUGGUGAGGAUGGACAGCGAGGCCCCCGGCCAUGAAAACCCAGUGUUUCUUGGAGGAUCACCUCAGAUAAAGACUCGGACUGUGUCUCAGAUCAUGACCAGGCAGUCCUCUGAGACGGGCCGUCGCUUGCUGUCCGACCCGGGAACGCCCCUGUCGCCUCCUGCUCAUGGGGACGUAUUCUUCCCAUCUGAAGACACCAUCCCAGAGUCUCCAGACCUCAUACUGAUCUAAAAGCCUCAUCCAUCGCUCUGAAUGCUGACCUGGAAACAGUCCUGCCAUUCUCUUCCUCUUCUGUGUCUUACGAACAUUAUCGUCCUCACAAGCUGUCUCACAAUAACGUCUGCCGGGAUUGUCUUCUGCACAUUGUCUGGACCGCAGGAGGGAGAAGGACGGCAUGUUUUUUUUUUUAGUCUCACCUGCAACAAUAGCUGGAGGCCGAAUGUGAACUUGAAAAGAAUCUGAAAACGGCUCCCAGACCGUCAGGUACGUGGUCUGGUGGCCCCGCUGCCUACGGGGAACCCUGUGGUGAGAGCUGAGGGCGCAGGUCCUGCCGUACGCAGGGAUGGAUGUAAAGAGUGAGAGGCACGUCGUAGUUUGGUGCAGUUCAGACAAAUGUUUACUUGUUUGGGUGAUCUAGGCUGGUCCAUUUUAUACCCCACACACAUGCCGACCUACAGUGCCUGCUUUAUGUCCUUGAGGGCAGGAAUAAUAAGUUACAAACUUGCACAUGGAGAUAAUUAUUAUUCAUUUUCUUAAACCAAAAGCACAGGUGAGAAAGCAGUAUGCAGCCCAUUCUUCUGCUCUCAUCCUCGCCGCCGUUUCAGUCUUCAGAGAAGUCCCAGUAUUCUUUGAUUGUUUUCGUGGCAUUAAAUAACUUCUUCACAUCAUCUGUACUCUCUUACGACGGAGUAUUAGGGCCAAACUAAGACAAAAAAAAUUGGAAAUUACGAGAAUAAAGUCAUAAUAUAAUGAGAAUAAAGUCGUAAAAUUACGAGAAUAAAUUCGUAAUGUUGCGAGAAUAUAGUCGUAAUAGAAUAAAGUCGUAAAAUUACGAGAAUAAAGUCGUAACAUUACGAGAAUAAAGUCGUAACUUUAUUCUCAUUACAUUAUGACUUUAUUCUCGUAAUUUCCUUUUUUUGUUUUUUUGUUUGACCCUAAUACUCCGUCGUACUCUCUAAAUGGCUCCGAAAAAUUACAAAAAAUGAAGCACUCCACAAUUGCCUUAAAUAUUCUCCUGAAGUUCUGAAAAUAAAGGUAAAAAUGCUUUCUUUUUAAAACUUUUGUGUCUUACUUAAUGUUGUUUGUGUACAAUGUAACGGUUAAGACUGAACUGUUUAUUAUUUUUCUCUUGAAUGUAGCCUCACAAAUACCAGCAAAAACUGCCAAUCCUCAUCAUUUCCAUGCUGUUUUGUGAAUAUUCUUAUUUGUUUGUAUUUCACCGUGGUAAUGUUCAUGUGUUUAGUGUUCAUUUCUAUUCUUUAAUGUGCAAUGAGGCAGAUAAUCAGCAUAUAUUAUUUCAGCAAAUGUGUAAAUAAAUGCCAACCAAAGACAAAUAUAUCAGUGUGGAUUAAGAGUAAAUGAGACGUAAGUGCAAAUGACUGCAGUGAUGACGUUAUCCAGUGUGAGGUGAGAGCUGCUCAGCAGGAAUCAUCUCAACAUGUAUGUGUAGCAGGUGUACAGUUUAGAAAAGGAUAUAAUGUGACUGUAAGGUUUCAUUUUUAAAUGACUGAAUACUUAAUAAUGUUAUGUUUGAGGGUUUGGGUUGGUGACUGCGUGGAUAUCUGUGUGUUUUCAAAUGUGAGAUGACAGUUUUUGGUCUUGUUGACAUAUUUCUUUGCUAGUGUGAAUGUUACCUUGAAUACAACCUUUCCAUUUCUGUCUGUUUGUUUUAUACCCGAAGCUCGUAUCACACAAAGUUCUGAUGAGAGCAUGUUUUUGUUCUGCAUAUUGCUUUUAAACUGUCCUCUUAGGAGCUUGUAUAAUAAAGCGGUGCUUUUGGACCCUA